AUAAAAUCCCAGGGUUGCUAAGAGAGGGCCCAGACCGAAGAAGGUUUGGUGGAAAGCAGAACCUUGGUCUCCAUCUAACUGCUCCUGAGCCUCACGCUCCCUUGCCCUGCGCGUCCUGUUGCUUCCCUGAUUGACUUUCUCCGUGACCUGUAGCUAAACCUUCCACCAGCGCUUGAGAACUUAAUUUGAACCGCAUCCUUUCCCAGACCACUUUCUCCUCCUCCUCCUCCUCCUCUUCCACCUCCAAGUGCCCAACAGCCCCCUUCUCCUCCUUUCCCUUCCCUUCCCUCCCCUCCCCUCCCCCUUCCCUCCGCCUCCCCAUCCCCGUCCCCCUCCCUCCCCCCGCCCUAAGCCACCCCCGCCUCUGUCCUGGCCGCCUCAGGGCGCCCUGAGAGGACCAGGACAUGCCAGUGUGGUGGCUGCUCUUUUGGCUCCUCCUGCUGGGAUUUAUCAGCCAUCACCCCACCUACGUUAUCAAUUCUCCACCUGAUCAUUUUCAUCCUGGGACUGACUUUUGCGGAAUUCCUUGGAUAGUUAUCAUUAUUGUGUUUCUGGGAAUUUCUACACUUGCUAUUUUCCUCUGGAAAACUAGCCUUUGUGUGUCUUUCCUCAAGACUGUCUUAAAGUCACAAAAUGUACAUGACGGAUCCACGGAUGUACAGCGGAAAGCCUGGAGGUCCAAUAGCCGUAGCCAGGAAGGAAUUAAAAUUGGCCUGGAAGACCUCUUUACUUCACAGAGACAUAUGGAAGCCAAAGUUCGAGCUGAAGUCCAUAAGGUGACAAAGAAUGUCAACAGUCAUUACAAAAUCAAUGGACAUAGGAAGACUGCCAAAAAAAAGAAACUGUUUCAACGCAUGCAAGAGUUGCGGCGGCGGGCACAGGACUACUGCAGAUGCAAAAUCACCCCUUCUGCAAGAAAGCCUCUUGCCAACUCAGUAAGUUUGUUUGUUUUCCUUGCUUUUGGACAUAGUCUGCCAGGUCAGGACAUGGAUGUAUUUUUCUCCCCACAGCUCUGUGCUCAAGCGUUGCAAAGGGGGAAGGCAGAGAGGAAGGCUGCCUACAAGCAGCACAGGUGUCAAAUGAGGCAAAAGCAGAGAGUCCCAGAGAGACACAUGAGUCAGGAGCCAGUCCAGGGACGACUGGGCCUAGAGAACCCUUUCUCGAUGGCAGAUUCAGGACCUCAUUCGGUUCCCAUGAGGAACAGCAACGGCGUCCCAGCUGAAAACACAGAGAAGAAAAAGGUAAGGAUGGUGGCAGUGGAGCACCAUCAUUCCUCAGGAUUGCGCUACCGGCCCUACCUCCCAGCUGAAACUUUAAGAAAAAGGAUAGGCCGCAAGCCACGUCCUCCUAUUCAGUGUGAUCUGAGAGGUCAACCACGUCCAUCAGUUAAAGGAUGUCUGAGACCGCUGACUCUCUCUCGACUACAGUGUCCACUAGGACCUCAACCACAUUCUACAACUGAUGAUUUUCUGAGAAGAGAGACACCUCAAGACAAGUGUGCCCUGGGACCUGAUCCACUUCCUCGAGCUGAUGAUUUUCUGAGACUCAAGACACCUCCCGAGGGUCUUUUCAUACCAAUUUCCCCUUCUCCAGUUGAUGAUUCUCUGAGCCUGAAGACACCUCCCAAGUGUCUUCUGGUACCCCUUCCACCUUCUCCAGUUGAUGAUUUUCUCACACCACAGGCACCUCCCAUCAAGCGUCAUCGCCUGGGACCUGUAGCAUUUCCUCGAGCUGAUGAUUUUAGGAGACCCAAGGAACCUCCUGACUGUUUUUGUGCACCCCUUCCACCUUCUCCAGUUGAUGAUUCUCUGAGCCUGAAGACACCUCCUGAGUGUCUUCUGGUACCCCUUCCACCUCCAGUUGAUGAUUUUCUCACACCACAGGCACCUCCCAUCAAGCGUCGUCGCCUGGGACCUGUAGCAUUUCCUCGAGCUGAUGAUUUUAGGAGACCCAAGGAACCUCCUGACUGUUUUUGUGCACCCCUUCCACCUUCUCCAGUUGAUGAUUCUCUGAGCCUGAAGACACCUCCCGAGUGUCUUCUUGUACCCCUUCCACCUUCUCCAGUUGAUGAUUUUCUCACACCACAGGCACCUCCUAUCAAGCGUCGUCGCCUGGGACUUGUAGCAUUUCCUCGAGCUGAUGAUUUUAGGAGACCCAAGGAACCUCCUGACUGUUUUUUUGCACGCCUUCCACCUUCUCCAGUUGAUGAUUCUCUGAGCCUGAAGACACCUCCCGAGUGUCUUCUGGUACCCCUUCCACCUCCAGUUGAUGAUUUUCUCACACCACAGGCACCUCCCAUCAAGCGUCGUCGCCUGGGACCUGUAGCAUUUCCUUGAGCUGAUGAUUUUAGGAGACCCAAGGAACCUCCCGAGUGUCUUUCCGCACCCCUUCCACCUUCUCCAGUUGAUGAUUCUCUGAGCCUGAAGACACCUCCCGAGUGUCUCCUGGUACCCCUUCCACCUUCUCCAGUUGAUGAUUUUCUCACACCACAGGCACCUCCCUUUGAGCGUCGCCUGGGACCUGUAGCAUUUCCUCAAGCUGAUGAUUUUAGGAGACCCAAGGAACCUCCCGAGUGUUUUUUCACACCCCUUCCACCUUCUCCAGUUGAUGAUUCUCUGAGACCACAAACACUUCCCGUCCAGUGUCACCUGAGACCUGUACCAUUUCAUCGAGCUGAUGAUAUCAGGAGACUCAAGAAACCUCCUGACUGUUUUGACUGUUUUUUGUUUUGUUUUGUUUUGUGUUUUUUUGUUUUUUGUUUUUUGUUUUAUUCUGUGGCAGGAAGGGGCCUGGUGUCUUGUUGAUUCAAUUUAUUGAUCAUUUUUACAACACAUAAAUUCAUUUAAGUAUUGAUUGUGCACCUAUCAUAUGAUACGCAUUUUUUCAUCACUCCCCCACUCUCAGAACCCUAAGCUUUUCUCACUGUUAGAACUGCUAGUUUAUUUGUAUUUCAGUCACUUUGACUAUAAACUCCUUGAGUGUAGGUGCUUAGAUUUUUUUCACUGCUUAGCCCCCAAUGCCUGUAUAGAGUAAUCUCUUUUUUUUUUCCUUUUUUUGGUACCAAAUGCCCAAUGGCCAAUUUAUUCUGUUUCAAUAACAACUAGGCAUCAUUUUCAAAGGGCCAUAUACUGACAACAGACUGCCCAGAAAUUAUCUCCCUAUGUAGGAAAACUACAGAAGACAAGUUCUUAGACUUUUAAUGCCCAACACAGUAGCCAUUAAUGACAGGUGACUAUUGAGCCUUGAAAUGCGAUAGUCCAAAUUGAGAUGUGCUAUAAGCUUAAAUUACACACCACGUUUCAAAGCCAUAAGACCAAAAACUGUAAAAUAAUCUAGUAAUUUUAUAUUUAUUAUAUAUUGAAAUGAUAUUUGGUAUUUUAGAUAUAUUGAGUUAAAUAAAAGUUAAAUUCA